AGGGUUAUAAAUCUCCAACACAGCUGCUGUAAGGGUGGAUUCGCACAUCGGCCGUCUCAAGCGAAAGACGUCUUUGGACGAUCUAGUGGCUGUUAGCGGAGUAGAUUUGUGUGUUACAGGUAAAUCAGAUAAAUAUGCCUGCAAUAGUGAUCGAACCACCUCAACGAAAUGAGCAAAUGUGGCAAGCGUUAAAGGUUCAUAUUAUGAGAGAACGUCAACGAAAGAAACAAGAACAAGAAGCAGAUGCUGAAGAAGAGCGUUUGCGCAAGGAAAGAGAACGUCAACAAAAACAAGAUGUGAUGACAUUAGGCGAAACGCGAGAACAAAUCUCAAACUUGGAAAAUGAACUUGCUCAAUUGAAAGAGGAGAAGCACCAGUUGUUUUUACAAUUGAAAAAGGUUCUGAAUGAAGAUGACAGAAGACAAAAACUUAUAAAAGAAACCAGUGUUUGUUCGGAAGUCCUGACAACAGUUGGAGGAUAUCCUGCAACAGGUCCAAGACUGGUACUUCCUCAAUUGUUUUCACCAUUACCACGAAGCAACAGUCCUCUCUACAAGGUAGCAGUAGGUGCGCCAACUCACUUGUUACCUGGUGGAACUUUGAAGAGAGCCCACAGUCCUUCUCCACCACCACCAGCAUCUCCAUACCACAGUGCCUACGGAUAUAAACCACCGCCAACUAUUUCAAGUAUUUCAAAUUAUAAUCCCCCACCUCCUAAAUCUGAGGAAGCCACUAGAAGAUCUAAUGAUUCUCGAGCAGUUCUCUGGAAUAAAAGUAGUCAAUACUCUGCAUCGAAUUUUUAUUCAACGCCAACAGGCCAGAGUGUUUACAAUUAUUCUGCACCUGUAUCGCAACCUUCUCGAGAAUCCUCGGAGCCAGCUAAACCAGUCUAUCUUUCAGGUGGUAGAGUCCCGUUACCGCCACAUCAAACUGCGUAUGUCUCUAAUUUACACUCGAUAGAACACAAAAGCACUUAUGGUGAGGACAAAUUUUACCUACGGCCAACGAAUCACGUGACCGUGCACGGUGGAGCUAUUCCGAUUCAACAACCACCUCAGGGAGCGAAAACAGGUGGAAUUACUUCGGGCUAUCCAGUGCGAGCACCUCAACCGCCUGGACCGUAUCCACCACCACCGCCACCGUCUCCUGGUACUUACGUCAGCGGCUCGGGUGCCAAUGUACCCGGCAGACUAUUGUAUACACAACCUGGAGCUCGCUAUCUUCAACGAGAAAUAUAGAGACCCGCGUGUUCAUUCAAGGCUACAUCUUGAUCAUAUGGCUCUGUAACGCGUUCUGUGUGCGAGAGCAAUAGUGCUUUAUGAUGUUAGAAGCGAGAAACGAUCUAUUCUCAUAGUCCGAUCUUAUGUUCAAAAUUGUCUUAAUCUUACCUCAAGAUGAUAUGCGAACAGUUUCAUUACAGAGAAUCUAAAAAUGAACGUAAACCGAUCUUAAAUAUAAGAUCCAACUAUGAAUAUCGGCCAACUUAUAGCUUCAUUUUUUGGUCUUUCUUUUUUCACAAAAAUAUAAUAUUUUUGUAAUCUUGACACUUUUAAGACUAUACAGCAAACUUCAAUAUUUGUCUAAAAUGUAGAUAUUAAAAAAUUACCUUUUAACAUAAUAAAUAAUAAAAAAAAAGGCAGAAUACUAUUGUUUUAACGUUUUCAAUAUUACUAAUCUCGUGUUUUCUAGCGUAGUGAGAGCACUACGCUACACGACGCUGCUUGGCAAACAUUUUUUCUUUUCUACUUGACUUUUAGCGGAACGCUCGAAAUUCCAAAUAUAAAAAUCUUCGUUUGUUGUAAUGUUUUAUAUUUUAAUCUUUAUAGUCCAGAAAGCCACUAUAGUUUUCAUAGUUUCUUCACUCAAAAACUGUAAAGGUUAUUUCAAAAAAAUGUUAAUAAAUAAACAAAGAAGAGAACAGAGGACGAAAAAGAAAGAGAAUAUCGUACAUAUAUUGUGUAGGUAUUUAUGUAAUUAUGCAUUUAUGUGAACACAUCUUUAACACACAUUUAUUUAAAAAGAUAUCAAAAACCACUUAACAUAACGAAAUAAAAAUAAAAUCAAUCUUUUUAAUCCGCAAGCAAACUCAGUUUUCAUUAAUUAAACACGUAAAAAAAUAAAAAUUUGCGCAAAAAGUCAACAGCGAUUUCAAGUUUGCUUACUGUCAGAAGAUUAAAAUGCAACAUGUAAAUUUCUAUCUUCCUGUACUUAUAAUAAUAAAAAAGAGAGAUAAUUAAUUGAACAUUAAGUAAUAUAAUUGUACACAUGUGUAACACUUAUAUAAAUGUUUUGGUUGUAUUAAUGUUUUAAUAUAAUGUAAUACACACACACACACACUGAAUUUCAUACACACUUUCUAGAUCGAGAGUUGAUUAGACUUUUUAUCAUUCAUUUUAUUUAUGGAUAUUUGUUACAUUGCAAAUAUCUAUUAUACAGAAAUGAGGCAAUAACUAAACAAAAUCUAGUGUGAGAUAAUAGUCGAAUCUUAUAUUUAUUAUUGUCAUGUGUAUGCAUAUAUGUAAUCUAUAUACAUAUGUACAUAUUACACAUGAAAAAAACAACUACGAUUAUCUCACCAUAGAUCUAAUAAGAUGCGUAUAAAAAUGUUGUGUGUAUGGUGUGGUGCGUAUAAACCAUAUGUUGUAUUAUUAUAAUUUCACUUUUAAGUAAAUCACUCAAACAAAAUAUUAUAAAUGUUAUGUUAAACUAAACUCAA